CUUCAGGCAGGGCUUGGCACUCCACCCCCAAGGGGCCCAUUGUGUGAGCUCAGUUUCAAUGGGGACAGAAACUGAGUUGAGAAACGGGAAUAUUUACCUAUUCCGCCGAGCCAAUGCCCAAGCAAAUAGUGCGGUAUCUUACGUAGAGCCCUUGCCCUACCCUUCCCCAUCUGGGCGCUGCCGCCUGGAGCAUAUAAAAGGCACCUUGCUGGGCAUGUCUCCUACUAGCCCACCAGUCUCAGAGACGGAAUCAUUGAUGGGCCAGAGCAUCCCCCGCCUCCACCAUGAAACUCGCUGUCACCCUCCCCCUGGUCACGCUGGCUCUCUACUGCAGCUCCGCUUCCGCAGAGGUCUGCCCGACCUUUCUGCGUGUCAUUGAAUCCCUGUUCCUGGACACACCCUCCAGUUUUGAGGCUGCCAUGGGAUUUUUCAGCCCUGAUCAAGACAUGAGUGAGGCAGGGGCUCAGCUGAAGAAGCUGGUGGACACCCUCCCCGCAAAGGCCAGAGACAGCAUCAUUAAGCUCAUGGAAAAAAUAGACAAAAGCUUACUGUGUAAUUAGGAUUUAGAAGCCGAAGAUCCCCAACUGCUCCAGCCCCUGCCGCUGCCGUGCUUUGAGUCCACGCCCACCGGCCUUGCUCCCUUCAAUAAACCACAAGCAUCUCA